AUUAGCAUCGUGCCGAGGCACAACUUUGCCGAGGCCCAGCGAGAUCCAGGCGCGCGCCGGAGGAAAUAUAGUCCCUGCCGGCUGGUGGCUCGCGCGGGCGGCGGCGGCCGAGGGGCGGGCGCGCGCGGGGCUGCGCGGAGCUCCCGGCGCCUGGGGGCCAUGCGCCGGGCCGCGCCGGCAGCCCGGGGACCCGGCGCAACUUGCCGGGCAGCCUGAGGAGUUGGGGCGGCCGCGGGCUCGGCGCCGCGGCGCCCGGCCGCCUUUCUUCCCCCUUGCCAGACCCCUCCUUCCCUUUCGGCCGUGGGGGAGGGGGCUCGUGUCGCCCCCCCUUCCCCGGAGACCCAGUCCAUCCCCGUCCGCCCCCUCCCCGGCGGAGCCGCGCAACUUCCCGGGAGCCGGGGCCAAAGUGAGCGUAAAGUGCCGCCCAAGUUGCCGGGAUGGAGCUGCAAAGCCGGCCCGAGGCGCUCGCCGUGGAACUCGCGCGCCACCAGAACGGCGACCUCAAGAAACAGCUCCACGAGAGGCAGCCGCGGAUCGCCGCGCUCAGCGACAAACAAGCUUUGGGAACCAUCACUGCAGUGCCUGUCACGGGUCCUCAGGUCAGCUCCUUGCAGAGGUUGGCUGGGCAAGGAGCGGCAGUGCUACCUCAGGUUAGGCCAAAGACUCUGAUUCCAGACAGCCUCCCCGUCACCCCCGGCCGGGACCGGCCCCCCAAGCAGCCCCCGACCUUCCAGAAGGCCACCGUGGUCAGUAUCAAGAACCCCAGCCCGGCCCUCCCCACUGCCAACAACACCGUGAGCCAUGUGCCAACGCCCGGCAGCCAGCCCCAGGCCCUCGCCGAGCCCGCCGCCAUCACCUCGCCGCUGAGCAGCGCCGGGGUGGCCUAUGCCAUCAUCUCCACCGCCCCCAGCCAUGCCGCCGCCAUCGCCCCCAGCACCGCCGUGUCGGCGGUCAGCGACAGCAUCAAAGUCCAGCCCCUCCUCAUCAGUGCCGACAACCAGGUCAUCAUCCUUCAGCCUCAAGUGCAGACGCAGCCUGAGAGCACGGCGGAGUCGCGGCCGCCCACGGAGGAGCCAUCUCAGGGAGCUCAGGCCACCAAAAAGAAGACGGAAGACCGGCCCCCAAGCCAGGAGAACCCCGAGAAAAUUGCCUUCAUGGUAGCGCUGGGCCUGGUUACGACGGAGCACUUGGAAGAAAUCCAGAGCAAGCGCCAAGAGCGGAAGAGAAGAAGCACAGCCAACCCGGCCUACAGCGGCCUCCUGGAGACAGAGAGGAAGCGGCUGGCGUCCAACUUUCUCAACACUCCCCUGUUCCUCACAGCAAGAGCCAAUGAGGACCCCUGCUGGAAGAGCGAGAUCGCCCACGAUGAGCACUGUGCCACCUGCAAGCGGGGGGCCAACCUGCAGCCCUGCGGCACCUGCCCGGGGGCCUACCACCUCAGCUGCCUGGACCCGCCCCUCAAGACAGCGCCCAAGGGCGUGUGGGUGUGCCCCAAGUGCCAGCAGAAGGCCUUAAAGAAAGAUGAAGGUGUGCCCUGGACCGGAAUGCUGGCCAUCGUGCACUCCUACGUCACCCACAAGACAGUCAAAGAAGAGGAGAAGCAGAAGCUGCUGCAAAGGGGCAGCGAGCUGCAGAGCGAGCACCAGCAGCUGGAGGAGCGGGACCGGCGCCUGGCGUCAGCGGUGAAGAAAUGCCUGGAGCUGAAGACGAGCCUGCUGGCCCAGCAGAGGGGCACCCAGUCGUCCUUGGACCGCCUGCGGGCCCUCCUGAGACUGAUUCAGGGCGAGCAGAUGCUCCAGGUCACCGUGACAACCGCCAGCCCCGCCCCGCUGCUGGCCGGGCCCUGGACCAAGCCCUCAGCAGCAGCCAUGCACUCUGCCCUCCAGCAGCCCCAGGGACACAACUGAGCCCAGGGACCUGUCUUCACCCCUAUGGAGAGUCUCCGGGACCCUGCUCACAAGACCUGAGGGUUCUAUCAGCCUUAAUUCACAAACACGAUGAGUUUCAGACAAAAGUAAAACCAGACGGAGGCAGGAGAGGAGGGAGGAGGAGCUGGGUGAGAGUCCUCGAGCCAGACGGGGUUGGGGUGGGGCCCCAGGCCCCUCACUGGCAGACGGGCCGCCCAGAAGCCAGGCGGGGGAGCACCCAGUCAGCUCCCGGCCAUCAGGGGGUGGCCCAGGGCUCCGGCUUCCAGGCACAGCUGUCUCCUGGGCCUCGUGCCACACCUGUGGGACAGAGAAGGGCCGAGGCUGUGGAGGGGCCAGGAGGACCGCAGUCCAGGCCCCCACGCCGAGGGCCGAGGCACCCUGCGGGAGGGGAGCCCCGGGCUGGGUAGCUGGGUAGUAGAGGUAGCUGGGGCGAAGUGGGUAGCAGAUCUAGGUAGACCCCGCCGCCUCCCAGAAGGCCCGGCCCGCCGUCAGUGUUACUAGCAUAUGGAGUCGCAGCAGUUCAACUUGAAGGAUGCCCCCGAGGGGAGGGGUGCUGCCACCGCAGCCAGCCCUCCGUCCUGGGGGCGCCCUCGCCACGCCCUGCUCCUCUGCCGACUUCGUGGACUCCUCUCGCUCUGAUGUCGUUUCCUUGCGGCGUCUUUGGGCGGGAUGGAUGGAGCGGCAGCCCUGCCAGGGAGGCGUGUGGCAGGUUUUCUAUUUGGGGUUGAAUUGUUGAGCAUAAGGACAGAAGCCUUUUCUUGUCUCUUCUCGAAGAGCCGAUAGAGUGUUCCACUCCUCUUUUCUUGCCAGUUCAGACACUAUGCCAAAAAAAUAACUUUACAUUUUUGUAUGGCGUUUUUAUUGUGAGACAUUUAAUGAGAAGGGGACACGUGCUGACUGCUUCUCCUGCUCACAGCGGUCUCUGCUGCCAGAGAUGAAUGGAAAACCCCUUGGGGGGGGAAGCUGCCAAACUGGAGGGAUCCAGAGGGUUUUCUUAAGAAUCGGGGUGAGGGUGGGGGAGGAAGAGCGGGCGGCGGCCUCGGGAGCCUGGAGGGUCCCUCUUCCUGCUGCCUCCCCGGGAGCGGCGGCGGCCCGCCGUCUACAAAGGGCUCCCGCGUCCAGGGUGGGGGCUGCUCGGACUCCUGGUGCGCACCAGCCUCUCCAGUCCCCGAGGGACUUGGCACAACAGGAUAAGCACCCGGGGGAGCCACUGGGCUCCCGCCCCCAGCAUAUCACACGGUGCCGAACUGCAUCGAACACACGUGUGCACGCACACGUGGCCCCAGACACGCGCGCGCGCACACACACACACGCACACACGCUGCCAGGUGCAGAGCAAGGAGGCUGGCCGGAAUCCCAAGACUGCCACGGUCCCUCCUGUCAUUUUCACGACUCCGGGAGAAACUGUGCUGUACGAUACAGAUCUAUUUUAAUACACUCGACACUGGGUUGAACAAGAUUUUUAUAUUCUUUUAUUGAUGAACAAGGUGAACUGUGAGACACACAUCUUAUAUAUUGGUUACUCUGGAUGCCAAUUAUGCAUUACCGCGUGGCUUGUGGUGUAAAUGUCUUCAGCUUCCAGUUUUUCUCUUGGUUUGUUUAUUCUUCUUGGAUGGAUUGGGUUACUUUUUUUUUUUUUUUUUUUUUUUUUUUAAUGUCAUGGGAGGAUCUGAAAGGUUGGACCCGGGAGGGGUAGCUGCCGCUGUGUCUUGAGACUUAGUUUUUUGGACCCGGGAGGACCGGCCAGUGGAUAGUGAGGAUAGAGAAGUUGUUUGUCUUUAAUACGCGAGGUGUAGUUUUCCUUCUGUACGAUGCAUUAAACUCGAUGGAUGAUUUCAAAGCCCA